UAUGGAGGGUGAGAACAGGAUGCCUGGAUCAUUGCCAGGUGUGGGGAGGGGGAGGAGGACAUCGCCUUGGGCCUGGCCAGGUAUGGAGGGUGAAGACAGGAUGCCUGGGGUCAUUACCAGGUGUGUAUGGGGAGGAGGCUGAGAGGGACCGGACGCCUGAGUCUCUGUCACGUGGUGGGCGGUACACGGGAUGCCUGAGUUUCUGCCAGAUAGGGGGAGGACUAGAAGCCCAGUUCCAGAGGAUGGGGACCAGAAUGCCGGUGUCCGGAGGAAGGAAGAUAAGAUAGGGCGAGGGAGGUUGACCUGGGGGCCAAAGGGCUCAGUGGCUGACACCAGAACGCUGGCUGAGUGCCUCCCCAACCAUGCCUCCCCCGAGGGGUGAUGUGACCGCCCUAUUCCUGGGUCCCCCAGGAUCGGGAAAGUCGGAGCUCAUCGCUGCACUCCGGGAGGCUCCAGAGGCCUGGCAUGAAGACGCGCGAAUCCCUGCCCUCUACCCCGCGGGACCUGGUCUCUUCCUGGGCGAGCUGAGCUGCCCUCCGGCAGCGCCCGAGCCCUGGGCAGCCGAGGCUGAUGUGCUUGUGCUGGUCUGGGGGCCUCGGGGCGGGAACGGGGUUGAGGAAGAGGAUGGGUCUCUGCCCGAGGGGCUGGGGGCAGCUGGGCGGGCGGCCCUGGCCCGUGGGGCACCCGUGUUAGCAGUGUGGAGUCGAGGUCCCAGGAAUGGGAACACCGGGACCCCGGAGCAGCCUGAAGACCUGGAGCAGGAAAGGAUAAAGGCGGCCGCCGAGUUGGCCGCUGCCGGGCUCGGGGCUGCACCACUUUAUGUACUUAGUCGUCCUGGGCCCCAAGGAACUGACCUGACCAGACUUCGAGAGGCGCUACAUGACCGGGGGGCGGCACUGGAGAGGCUGCUGCCUCCGGCCCAAGAAGGUUUCGAGGUCGUGGGAGGGGCCGAACUAGAAGCAGUGCGCGAGGCUUUCGAGGCCGGCGGCCUGGAGGCUGCUAUGACCUGGCUGCGCUCGGGCCUGGAGCUUCUGGGCAGCGCCCGGGUGGACUUGGGCGUGGCCGGUCCAGAAGCCCCCACAGUCAUAGGCUGCCUUCUUGGGCAGGACCCUGAACCCACUCCCACCUCCCCCGGGCCAGCCCCCUAUCCUGCACCUGAGAGGCCCAAUGUGGUCCUCUGGGCGCUGCCUGACGACGCUGACCCCGCCCCCAGCCCUGACCCUGGGUCCGCUCACUACGAUGCCCUGGUCCUGGUGGUUCCAGGACCCCCUACAUCGGCCGAUGUAGCUCGUGGGAGGGCGCUGGCGGGCCCUGUCACGCCCCUCUUCUUUGUAAGGACUGAUGGCGAAGGAGAGGAUCCUGAACCAGAAGAGGAUGAAGAAAAAUCUGGCCGUGGGGAUGGAGACGACAAAGAAAAAGGUAGAGAGGAGGACAUGAAGAAAUGUGAUGGUGGGAAGAAUUCGGGCAGCGGGAGUACAUCGCUAGAUGGAGACCAGAAAUCGGGCGGUGGACCUGGGGAGAUAAAAUCAGGUGGUGGGGAUGGAGAGGAGGAGAGCUGGGAGGUGCUGGGCGCAGAGGAAGCAGAGGACGCACCGCCGCCUGUCUUCCCCCUGCGUCCCGGGGGCCUACCGGGCCUGGAGGCUGCGCUUCGACAAGCCCUGACUCCAGCCCAGGGGACAGCUCUGCUGCUAGCCUUGCCUCCCGCGUCUGUGAGGGCAGCGCGAGCCAAGGCGGACGCGCUGCGGGCUGGAGCGUGGCGCGCGGCGCUACUGGCCAGUGUGGCCGCGGCCGCGUCCCCGGCCCCGGGGCUGGGACACGCUUGCGACGUGGCGCUGCUGCGGGGUCAACUGGCUGGCUACAGGCGCGCACUGGGGCUCGAGGCGGCCGCGGUAGCACGGCGAGAGCUCGCCCUGGGGCUGGAACCUGGAACCCUGGUGGGGCGGGAGCGCUCGCGACUGGCACUGAGUGGAGCAGCUCGUGGAGAGGUGGAGGCGCGCUUGCGGGGCUGGGCCGGAGAAGGAACCGCGGGCGGCGCGGCCUUGGGCGCGCUCUCCUUCCUGUGGCCGGCGGGCGGCGCGGCGGCGACCGGGGGCCUCGGGUACCGCGCGGCCCACGGCGUGCUUCUGGCGGCUCUGGAUGAGCUGCAGGCCGAUGCCGAGGCCGUGCUGGCCCCGGGCCCAGACCCUGAAUAAAAACUGCGCGUCUUUGCUGUGCCCUUGUCUCUGCCCGCUGGAAAUCCUGGGGUGGGUGGAGAGAAGGACGCCUGGAUGUUUUGGGAUCUUGGAUCCCGGGUGCUGAGAGGCACUGAAUGCCUGGGUCUUUGAAGGGGGGUGGGGGAGGUGUCACAAUGCUGGCCUUCACACAGGAUCAGGGUGCAAGAUGGGACUGUGGGAAAUGAUGCUACCUGCGUCUUGGGAUAGAGAGACCCAGCUGGCGCCGAGACCGAGGAACAAUGAGACAGAAAUGGAAGAGAGAAGGGCAGAAUCCAACCUGUUGGGACGCUCUCCCCUUUGGACUGCCUCUCCCUCACUUGUUUUUCUUGAGUCUGCAGUGUCGGUAUAAUGAGGAUACAGGGGAUGGAGAGGGCUGUGGACCAGGAGUUGCCUUUAAUUUAUGCAUUUAUCACGUUUCAUCCUGCCUCUCCCCCCCCAUCCAUUUGCGAGUUGGGUGAUCUCUCAGGGUGGCUCCAUAAUGAUUAUGUCUCCACUGGAAAGGGGCAGAAAUAGGAAACAUCCCUAGAUAUUGUCAACCUUGGCAAGCCUCCCUGCCCCCAUCUGAAGCUCUGCCUCUGCCAGGCCUCCACAAAUACUCUGGUAAAAUCAGAAUCUCGGAGUCGGAAGAACUGAGGCCAGUAUGAACUAUACUUAAACAGGAAUCCUUCCCACAUCUUUCUCUGGAAGAGCAUGAUUGAUGGAGAACUCAUUAUGUACCACGACAAUCCAUUGUACUCUUGGAUAGCAGGGGGUCUUGACCAUGAAUUUGUUGGGUUUUUAAUAAAUAUUUUGACAACA